GCACGGUGUCCUCCCUGAGCAGCUCUCCCAGUUUCAUCACUGUCACGCUGUGAUAACGGGGGGGAGGAGAGGAUCCUGGUGACACACAUGAUCAGUAAAUCUCCUGAUAUCGCUGUCACACUGCACGCAGCCAUCGUGUGCACACUGCCAUCCGCCACCGCUGCGUCUUUCUUCCUCUUCUCCAUUGUCUGGUGAUGGCAGAUCUGUCAGCAGAUAUUUGUGGCGUGCCUCCUCCUCCUCCUGGCUGCAGAUCACUGCUGUGUGGGAGGGCAGGGAUGGUCCUGAUCUUUAGCAUUUCUUGCUAGACAUCCACAUGCGGACCGUUAUCGUCGCUGUGCAGGCUGCCUGCUGCUCGGGGGCCAUCGGAGGUGUGUGACCUCUCCCCCCAUACACGGCCACUACUAUGGUGAAAUUCCCGGCACUCACCCCCUACUGGCCCCUCAUCCGCUUCUUGGUUCCUCUGGGGAUCACCAAUAUAGCCAUCGACUUCGGGGAGCAGGCUUUGAAUCGGGGUAUAGCUGCCGUUAAAGAAGAUGCCAUUGAGAUGCUUGCCAGCUAUGGUCUGGCAUAUUCCCUGAUGAAGUUCUUUACUGGUCCAAUGAGUGACUUCAAAAAUGUAGGACUUGUGUUUGUCAACAGUAAGAGGGACCGAACAAAGGCUGUACUAUGUAUGGUGGUGGCUGGCAUUGUGGCUGCCAUAUUUCAUACGCUCAUAGCAUAUAGUGACCUGGGAUAUUAUAUCAUUAACAAGCUUCACCAUGUGGAUGAGUCUGUGGGCAACAAAACACGGAAGGCCUUCCUUUACCUGGCAGCAUUCCCCUUCAUGGAUGCCAUGGCCUGGACACAUGCUGGCAUUUUACUAAAGCACAAACACAGCUUUCUGGUUGGAUGUGCCUCCAUCUCUGAUGUCAUAGCACAGGUUGUGUUUGUUGCCAUCCUUCUACACAGUCACUUGGAAUGCCGGGAGCCACUUCUCAUCCCGAUCCUUUCCUUAUACAUAGGGGCACUUGUGCGCUGUACCACAUUAUGUUUGGGUUACUACAAAAACAUACAUGAUAAGAUUCCAGAGAGCAGCGGACCAGAACUGGGAGGAGAUGCCACAAUAAAAAAGAUGCUGAGUUUUUGGUGGCCGCUAGCACUAAUAUUAGCUACUCAGCGGAUCAGCCGGCCCAUUGUUAACCUCUUUGUGUCACGUGAUCUAGGUGGUAGUGCUGCAGCAACGGAGGCAGUGGCAAUCCUUACUGCUACAUACCCUGUUGGACAUAUGCCAUAUGGCUGGCUAACAGAGAUCCGGGCUGUAUAUCCUGCCUUUGACAAGAGUAAUCCAAGCAAUAAACUGGCUAAUACUAGUAGUACGGUAUCUAAAACCCAUAUCAAGAACUUCACUUUUUUCUGCAUGGCUCUUUCACUAACGCUAUGCUUUGUGAUGUUCUGGACUCCAAAUGUAUCGGAGAAGAUCCUCGUUGACAUAAUUGGAGUAGAUUUUGCAUUUGCAGAGCUUUGUGUGAUUCCUUUGAGGAUAUUUUCCUUCUUCCCUGUACCAGUUACUGUGCGGGCCCACUUAACUGGAUGGCUGAUGACACUCAAGAAGACAUUUGUGCUGGCACCGAGCUCUGUUUUAAGAAUAAUCGUCCUCAUCUCUAGUCUUAUUAUCUUGCCUUAUCUAGGGGUUCAUGGAGCCACAUUAGGAGUGGGAUCCCUUCUUGCUGGCUUUGUGGGAGAAUCCACCAUGGUGGCUAUUGCAUCUUGCUAUGUAUAUCGAAAACAGAAAAAGAAGAAAAAUGAGACGGAGACAGCAGCGGAAGGAGAAGACUCAGCAAUGACUGACAUGCCUCAGAGUGAGGAGUUAACAGACAUUGUGGAAAUGAAAGAAGAAGAAUGAGCAAGAUAUUGGCUUGAGUAGUAAGACUGCCCCCUCCAUGUCUCUGGUCUUCAAAUAGUUUUUAUUUUCUUUGUAUGGAAACCUGGUUAAGAAGGCUCCAGUGUUUAGCAUACUGGGUAUGCUUCCUAUAGACAGGGCCUGACAGAGGCUCACCGCUUUACAGAUACCAUGCAUUUAUCUUCUUAUAUCAUGGACAUGCAGUCAGCAGAAUCCUACCGGAUAGACUUCGGACAUUGACUACAUCGAGCUUCAUUGGACAAUUCCCAUUUGUCAACCAAAGCAUUACUGUACGUCUCUGCUGGUAACAAAGCUGCCGUCCCAUUUACUAUGUUCUUUUAACCGACUGGUGUUUACGUACAUAGGGAUACUGAAAUUCAGUUCUGUUUUCUUAUAUUGGUUACGUAUGUGAACCAAUUUUCAGCUCAAAAGGGAUUUAUUUAUAGAAACCAGCUGCAAAAGCACAUAUAAUAUAUCACUGCACAAAACAGAGAGAAAGUGCUUUUAUACCACACGUCAAGUACUAAAGUAUCUGCAAUAUCUUUGUAUUGGAAUGUCAUGGUUGCAUUCAGCUUUUGUUGACUGUUUGACUUAAGUUUUGUUUGCUUGAGCUGCUGCUUUUAUAGUGUAAAGGUAUGUUCACAUAUGGCGUACUUGCUGCAUAUUAUAUCCACAUGCUGCAGAAAAUAUCUGCACUAAAUCUAUGCGGAUGUGAAAUCCACAAUAUAUUCGUUUUUUUUCUGCAGAUAUGUUACAGAAUUAUUGCAGAUUUUUCUCACUGGUAUUAAUGGGAAAGUCAAAUGAUUUAAUAACUCCACAUUUUUUGCAGAUUUUGAAAGGGGGAAUGACAUAGUUUUACACUAAAACCAACUGCUAUAGAUUCUUGAAUACUGUAAAUUGAUAUAUUGUUUAAUUUUCAUAUUCCAACAAUACAAUGCUUAAACUUAUUGGGCUAUGUUGUUGAGUUAUAUCAUGAGUUGUUCACUAUUCCUAUCUUUAUUCCAAAAAUGUAUUUCCCAGUUGCUACUGAAAAUCAAUGUCCAUUCCACAUACUGUAGGCUUAAAGGGGUACUCCAGGAUAUAAUUUUUUUUAAUGUCUGCCCAGAAUGC